CGUGCUUUAGUCGACGUUGAGGUGAACCUUGGGCUUGGUGGAACUGUUGCUCUGCAAGUGUACUACAGAACAAAAUGUGUGACGACGAAAUUGCCGCGCUAGUGAUCGACAAUGGAUCCGGAAUGUGCAAGGCCGGAUUCGCCGGUGACGAUGCGCCCCGUGCCGUGUUCCCGUCGAUUGUGGGCCGUGCCCGCCACCAGGGCGUAAUGGUCGGAAUGGGCCAGAAGGACUCGUACGUCGGUGACGAGGCCCAGAGCAAGCGAGGUAUCCUGACCCUGAAGUACCCGAUUGAGCACGGAAUCGUCUCGAACUGGGACGACAUGGAGAAGAUCUGGCAUCACACCUUCUACAACGAACUGCGUGUGGCACCGGAGGAACACCCGGUUCUGCUGACGGAAGCUCCGCUGAACCCCAAGGCUAACCGCGAGAAGAUGACCCAGAUCAUGUUCGAGACCUUCAACUGCCCGGCCAUGUACGUGGCCAUCCAGGCCGUGCUGAGCUUGUACGCUUCGGGACGUACCACUGGUAUUGUGUUGGACUCCGGAGAUGGCGUCUCCCACACCGUCCCCAUCUACGAAGGAUACGCUUUGCCACAUGCCAUCCUGCGUCUGGAUCUGGCCGGACGUGAUCUCACCGAUUACCUGAUGACCAUCCUGACGGAGCGUGGAUACACUUUCACCACGACCGCCGAACGGGAAAUUGUCCGUGACAUCAAGGAGAAGUUGUGCUACGUCGCCCUGGACUUUGAACAGGAGAUGGCCACCGCUGCAUCUUCGUCCAGCUUGGAGAAGUCCUACGAACUUCCCGAUGGACAGGUGAUCACCAUCGGUAACGAACGGUUCCGAUGCCCGGAAACCCUCUUCCAGCCAUCGUUCAUCGGAAUGGAAUCCGUGGGAGUUCACGAAACCGUGUUCAACUCAAUCAAGAAGUGCGACGUCGACAUCCGUAAGGACCUGUUCGCCAACACCGUCCUCUCCGGAGGAUCGACGAUGUUCGCCGGAAUCGCCGACCGAAUGCAGCGUGAACUGUCCACCCUCGCACCCACCUCGAUCAAGGUCAAGAUCGUCGCCCCUCCGGAACGCAAAUACUCCGUCUGGAUCGGUGGAUCGAUCCUGGCCUCGCUGUCGACCUUCCAGCAGAUGUGGAUCUCCAAGCAGGAAUACGACGAAGCCGGACCCGGAAUCGUCCACCGCAAGUGCUUCUAAAACCCCUCAUUCUCGUGUUCGUUGUUACACAACUGAUAAAAAACCGUUCGGUAAUAAAAUUGUAUAGACUCAAAACCA